AUGCCCAGCGAGCCGGGUCCAUACAUUGGGGCCAAAUACCGACGAGUUCCCCAACACCCAUUCUUACCGACACCGUAUCCUGGCGCUAAGUGCUCGACGUUUGACAAGCAUUACUACCAAACUUUUAAACUCAACCAAUUGAAUCACGAGAUAGCGUUGAUUAACGCUGGCAUCAAACACCCCAUUCCCUACGAUCCCUCUCAGCAUGGACCUCCGGUGAACAUAAACGGCGCAGUCGUACUCCCUCGCCCUUCGAAUUCUCAGGAUACCAAUUUGACACGACCCAAACGGCCGCCACCUGCUAUCAAAUGUGCUCGCCCAAACCAAGGACCCACCGCAGCCAAACAUAAAAGCGCCGGUAACGCUGGAUGUGUCUUGGGCUAUUGCAAAUCAUGUUGCACAGAUUUCAGUGCUCCCGGCAGUUGCUAUGAACACCGCCCAAAGGGACCAAACAUAGGUCAACGCCCUGCGCCAAUAAACCCACCUCAACUCGCUCCUGCCCAAGUUGGUGUCGCACCCAUCCCACCCAAGCCCAUGGACUCCGAGCCCAAAAGACCACGUGGAAUACCUCCCCCUCAGUGCUCUCAGAGUGUUCGCCGUGUUGGGCAGAUCCUCCCCAAAGAGCACUUUUCGGCGCUGGAAAGAGCCAGACACGCACACGCAGCCACUUCGCGAAAGGCAUCAUGCCCCUCCAUUGACAAAGGCAAGGUCGUCAGCCUUCACUUUGUCACCAAAGAAUCACGAACUCCUGUGAUUUCACAUCUCUUUGACACAUGGCCAGUGGCUGUUUUGGGAAAAUGUGUUUCUCUGGCUCGUCAGGUCGAAGAGGCUGCAGGGCCUGCCUGGGAUGGUGAUGUCCUUGUAUGGGAUGAACUCGUGAGGAAUUGGCCAAAAGAACACAUACAAGAACAUUAA